CUUUAAAUAUUUGUUUCUCUCUAUGUUCAGUCUCAAGACUCAUUCACACUUCCCUCUGUGUGUUCCCAAACUGUACUAUAUUCACAUCAGCACCACCCCAAUCAACCAGUCUUGAGUACCCAACCUCCUCGAGAUUGCUGCUCAAACUUCCCCCAUAUCAACGUCCAAGAUUCAACCUUCACAUUCACCUUCACUGUGUGCAAAUUUCCACACACAUUGCAUGUGCAAUGUGCAGCUGAGUCUAAGUCUCAUUCUACAUAUUCUUCAAACCCCUUUUAUCAGUUUUUCUUUCUUGCUAAACUCUGACAAGAAGAGUACAAACAAGAACCCCAAUAAGCUAAACAACACAAACUAAACAACAAGCAGAAGUACCCCCAUUAGUCCAUUUUCAUUUACACAUUUAAUCUUGUAGUAACAGUUUUGCUGUUUGAGUGGCAAUGGAGGAAAGACCAGAAACUGAGCUAAUUUCAAUACCAGCAACACCACGUGCAUCAACACCGGAGAUACUAACACCAUCAGGCCAAAGGUCACCAAGGGGUGGUGGUGGACAUAAUACAUCUACUGGUGCAUCUAAAGAUGCUAAGUCAUGGACACCAACUUCAUUUAUUUCACCUAGGUUCUUGAGUCCUAUUGGUACUCCAAUGAAAAGGGUGUUAGUUAAUAUGAAAGGUUAUUUGGAAGAAGUUGGACAUUUGACUAAGCUUAAUCCUCAAGAUGCUUGGCUUCCUAUUACUGAAUCUCGUAAUGGCAAUGCUCAUUAUGCUGCUUUUCAUAAUCUUAAUGCUGGUAUUGGGUUUCAAGCUUUGGUUUUGCCUGUUGCUUUCUCUUUUCUUGGAUGGAGCUGGGGAAUAAUUUCCUUAACUAUAGCUUAUUUCUGGCAACUCUAUACUUUAUGGAUUCUUGUUCAGCUCCAUGAAGCUGUUCCUGGAAAGAGAUACAAUAGAUAUGUGGAACUUGCGCAAGCAGCAUUUGGUGAACGACUGGGUGUUUGGCUUGCUCUCUUCCCCACUGUUUACCUAUCUGCAGGAACCGCAACAGCUUUGAUUCUCGUUGGUGGUGAAACCAUGAAACUGUUCUUUCAAAUUGUUUGUGGUCCGCUCUGUACAUCGAAUCCUUUAACAACUGUCGAAUGGUAUCUGGUUUUCACUUCCCUUUGCAUUGUUCUAUCCCAGCUCCCAAACCUGAACUCCAUCGCUGGACUCUCCCUAGUUGGAGCAGUGACAGCCAUCACAUAUGCCACUAUGGCAUGGGUCCUCUCUGUAAGCCAACCAAGGCCACCUUCGAUUUCAUAUGAACCUAUUUCAUUGCCUACCUACACAGCUUCUCUCUUUUCAGUCUUGAACGCCAUGGGUAUUAUAGCAUUUACCUUUAGAGGACACAAUUUAGUUCUUGAAAUUCAGGCAACAAUGCCGUCAACUUUCAAGCACCCAGCUCAUGUGCCAAUGUGGAAGGGAGCAAAAGUUGCUUAUUUCUUCAUAGCUAUGUGCUUGUUCCCUAUGGCCAUCGGAGGCUUCUGGGCUUAUGGAAGCCUUAUGCCAUCAGGAGGAAUGCUAAGUGCACUAUACGCCUUUCACAUUCACGAUAUUCCAAGAGGACUUCUCGCCAUGACAUUUCUCUUAGUCGUGUUCAACUGCUUGAGUAGUUUCCAAAUAUACUCAAUGCCAGCAUUUGACAGUUUUGAAGCUGGAUACACUAGCCGUACCAACAAACCAUGCUCGAUAUGGGUCCGCUCCGGUUUCAGAGUAUUUUUCGGAUUCGUUUCAUUCUUUAUCGGAGUGGCACUUCCCUUCCUGUCAAGUCUUGCAGGGUUGUUAGGAGGACUCACACUUCCGGUGACGUUUGCUUAUCCUUGCUUCAUGUGGGUUCUCAUCAAGAAGCCUACAAAAUACAGCUUUAACUGGUAUUUCAACUGGAUCCUUGGAUGGCUAGGGGUUGCUUUUAGCUUGGCUUUUUCGAUUGGAGGAAUUUGGAGUAUGGUCAAUAAUGGACUUAAACUCAGAUUCUUUAAGCCCAGCUAAGACUAGGUGGAUAAUAAGCGCGCUUGGUAUGUAAACUUGUAUUUGCUACUAGUAGUUCGCAAUGUGUGUUUCUAUUCUAGGCUUGAGAAAAAGGUGAAGUGGAGAAACAACGCGUGCAUGUGUGUUGGUUGGUUUACGCGGCUGGGAAGAGGAAGGAAAGGGAUACGUAUAAAGCCAUAGCCCAUAGGUGCAACAUGUUCUUGUUUGCUACCUUUGGAAUUUGGUGUUGUAAUGCUCCAAUUUGAAGAAUAUAUAAAACCACUUUGGCUUAUGAUUGAAA